GGGCCGGGGGAGGGGCUGCGUCCGCCGGGCCUCCUACCAGGCUAUCCUAGCGGUGCCGGGCGGGUCAGAGAGCGCAGCGCGGCGGCAGCAGGAGCCGAGUAGCGUGCAGAGCCGGUCAUGGGCAAGUCAGCUUCCAAGCAGUUUAACAGUGAGGUCCUGAAGGCCCACAACGAGUACCGGCAGCAGCAUGGCGUUCCUCCACUGAAGCUCUGCAAGAAGCUCAACCAGGAGGCCCAGCAGUAUUCGGAGGCCCUGGCCAGCACGAGGAUCCUCAAGCACAGCCCAGAGUCCAGUCGUGGCCAGUGCGGAGAGAACCUAGCUUGGGCAUCCUACGAUCAGACAGGAAAGGAGGUGGCUGAUAGAUGGUACAGUGAAAUCAAGAACUACAACUUCCAGCAGCCUGGCUUCAACUCUGGGACUGGACACUUCACGGCCAUGGUGUGGAAGAACACAAAGAAGAUGGGAGUGGGGAAGGCAUCUGCAAGUGAUGGGUCCUCCUUUGUGGUGGCCAGAUACUUCCCAGCAGGGAAUGUUGUUAACCAGGGCUUCUUUGAAGAAAAUGUGCUGCCUCCAAAGAAAUAACUUGUCAAACAUAAUGGGAAGGUGGCAGACUUAAGAACGUGGUAUGAAGUACCUAGAAGAACAUUAGCUGUGUGUUUGUCCUUGUGGGUGUACAUGCUUGUGUGUGAUGCAUGUGUGCAUCUCUUGCACACAUACUCGGAUAUACAGUUCUGUAUGAACUCAUUCUUGUCAAAAGAAUGAGCAUAUGAAGGCUUUACUCUGAUAGUUACCUAGACCACAAUUAUUUGGACUUUGGGGGCAAAAUCAAUUUUUAAACUUUUUUUUUCAUUUUUUUAAGCAAACUACUUUUGUACGUUUCUUACUUUUAAUAUCCAUCCCUGGACUUUUUAUAUUCCUCAUGUUUGUGAUACUGAGAACUGAAGUUCAUUUUUUGUGAUCUUCAUACAUUGUAAUCUACUUGUGGUAGAUAUUUAAAAAUAUUAAACCUUCAUUUAAAUGUGACAUAAAAUGCAGCUUUAAACACAUAAAUAUAAAGCAGCUUCCAUGAGAAAACUGGUGUAGGCAGGAGUUCCAUCUCACAGAAUUACUGAGAUUUCUCAGUUGUAAGACAUGAUGUCAUCUGCAUGCCUCCUGGAAUUCUCUAAUGGGAUUGCCAAAGAACAAAUGGAGAAGAAAACUUUACUUCUUUGCAUUUUUCUACCUUUAAAUAGCAAAGUACCACUACCACAACUACCCCUUGCCCCCUCCCCCAUCUUUUUUCUUAAAAUUCUCUGGCAUUUCAGGGCUCAAUAUGUUUCCUGAUUUCUGGAGAACUGGGCAAGGCCUGAAAUUCACCCCUCCCCCACCUCUGCUGGGCGGCCCAGGACCCGUUCUGGGAGAGAGCCCCUCAUACUGCCUGGGCUCUCAGCCAAGCGGCCUUGGAUGGAUGAAGUCAGUGAGUGUGGGGGAGAGGGUGAGCUCACUCAGGGCCCCCAGAGGAAGCUCUCCAGCCUCUGCCCUCCCCCUGACACACAGGGCGGGAGCCCGGGCUAUUCGUGGCAGCUGUGGCUGCAGCUGUGCUGCUGUACCCUCCCAGAAUGUGUGACAGGCCCAAAUGUUCCUGGGAGAUAUCCCAUGCGGGGCUUAGAGUCGCUAAUUUGGUUCUGUGUUUUGCCUCAAACUGCACAAAGCUCCCCUAAACAACAAUUUCGUAUGGUGGGGGAGGGACCAAUCCAGAGGCCAAGCUGAGUGUCCCUGAAACCAUGGCAUCUCCAGGUGGUAAGAUAGCAGGAGCAGGAGUUAGGGAGUUACCUGCUUAAAGACUGGAGUCUGAGCAGGCCAGUCUGAUACAUGCUUCCCGAAGGUCUGUGUUGCACUGUGAACACAGUCUCAUGCUGUGCCCUUCAUUUCACCCAGAGAUAUUGACUAAGACAACAAUAAAAUCUUUUGUGUAAUA